UAUUAAGCAUGAAGCUACUUGGAAUUUUCAAGACCAAAGAUAAAGGACCUCAGUACCAAAUUGAGAAAGCAUGGAGGAGCUUCGAAAAUUAUUAUACUUACAUUCUCUCAGAUGACAAACUUUCAAAAUAAAGCGAGAGUAGUGAAGAAGGAAGAGAUUCGAAAUAAUCUCAGAAAAAUCGCAGAUCUUAUUAUUGAAGAAGACCAAAGGAACCGGAGAGCUAAUACCUUGGGCGAGUGUAUGGAGUAUUUCUUGAAAUUUCAUGUUUUUGAGUCGUUAAUAGCCUAUGCUAAGAGUAAUAAACCUCCAGGUUUCUUUAAUUUUGCUAUGAAUGUAAUAAUUGAGUUGCUUGAGAAUGUAGAAUGAGUGUCUCUAAUCUCUCAGAAAUCAGUACAUCCUGCUAUAAAUCAGCUGCUCCAGAUGUUUGAAGUAACAGUGAAGGAUAAAUACGAGUUCAUGAACUAUGACACUAGGGUAAUACUUGAUUUUUUAAAUGUAUUGUGCCAGAAAAUAGCUAAAAUGCCCUACCUCUCCCACCUGAUGUUUAGUAAUGCCAAAAGGUUAGGCCACCACAAGAAUGAGAAGGGGGAUUACCUCCCUCUCAAAGUAGUUAUGAGGCUACUUCAAGAUAUGACUGCCAAGGACAAUGCUGUUCAUUGAAAUAGGAUAUAUGACACUCUUAGGUGAAUUCUGAAAAUCAAUAACCCUCUGGUAGACGAGUACAUUAACCAUGAAAGUGAAAUCUGAGAAAUAUUGGUAAAUACUUUAGAGAGGUUCUUCCAUUGUUUGCCGACCUCACUUAUACUCUCUGAGAGGAGUUGCUUCAACGUUAAAGAUCUGGUGCAAGAGAACUUCCCUCAAUCAGGAGACAAGAAUAACUUCUAUUUCUCAUAUUUAAAAUUUUUGGAAUUCCUCAAAUUUUUAGAUGAACUAUUCAACACCAAUCCAGCAAUUUUAGAAAAUAUCUCCAUUGUUUUCUUCAAUGAGUUUUUGAUGAGACUCCAGGACAACCUCCUGGAUGAUGACCGGAAUCUUCUGAGGUUCAGGACGACUUUGCAGUACUUGAUUGAUAUAGUAGACCUGAUCAAUCAUUCAAAGAUUUAUGAGAUGAUCUUCUUUUUCCUAUUCGGAUUUCCUGAGAAAAAGCAGAAAUCAGACAGUGAAGGAGGCCUUCAUGAUUAUACACCAAAAAUUAUGGUGACAGAUGAAGACCUUGAUUCUAUUGAUGGCUCGCAUAUUAGGGAUCCGCUUAGCGGCUUUGAGGAAGCUAUUUAUGAUAUUAAUAGCACUGAGAAGGCUGUUGAUGAGCCUGAACAACAAGAUAGCCCAAUGAAAUACUUGGAUGAUAAACCAAAAGUUCCUCGUAUAAACUUAACACCAGUGAAAGAAAGGACAGCCCAUCAUUCGAGACAUAAAUCAUCAAUAAACUUCACUUCUGUGAGAGUUCCAGUUGUGUCCUCCACCAAAGACCCCACCGGAGUAGUACCAGCAACUAUUACAGGGGUGACUGAUUAUGCACAGAUAGAAACCCUUUUAGAGGUUCCUAGCAACUUGUACUCCAAUUGUCGAACAUCUCGAAAUUCCCACCACAAAAGGUCAAAUUCCCAGCAAGUUUGAGAGACAACAGAGGAUCAUUGGGUAUUAGCAGAACAAAAUUUUAACGCCAGAAACUUUUUGGAUGAUGAUGACCUGAGAGUACAUGACGAAGGCUGCUUGGUUGAUGAUGAAGGAAAUUAUACUCCAGAUGGUCGCUUGAGUCUUGACAAGAUUGAUCAAAAUUAACCGAUUUGCCUAUGAUAAUAAUUCUGGUGAAGGGCAUACCCAAGAGAUUGAUAAAAUACUUCAAGAUGAAAACUUAACUCAGAGACGAAAGGAAGAUAUGCUCUUCCAAAUGCUCGAUGAUAUUAACCUAGACACUGAAGAAGACGACGAGUAUAUUGAGGAUCCUAAAGAUAAAGGACCGCUCUUAGUCGGACUUAAAAUUGAAGAGCAUCUCUCUCACAUAAUUUCUGGCAAAAUUCUCACUAAAAUUGUCGAAGAACGAGAAAAGUGCUCAGCCGUUGUGCUCAAACUGAUAAGCUUGUUCUUGAACAAAAAUAGUCCGAUUAUCAUCGAGAGUCUGGUUUACAGGUUCCUAAGCAAGCGCAUUUGAAAAUAACUACGAUAUCAACAAUGUCAAAAAGGCUAUUCGCAAGAGUAACCCAAGACAGAAACUCAUCGAAGAUAUCAAGGAAAUGCACUACAUCACACCGGAGUCACUAGAAGCAUACAGGGCUGUGUCUAACAAUCUAGUGCACGAGUCAAUGAGUCUCUACUCGAUCAGCCAUGACUCCUUGAUGCAAGCACUUGACGCUCCGGAUAAAUGGAACACAAUCAAGCAAAAGUACAAGAAGUAUCGUGGACGACUCGACGCCACUCCGACAUACGAGUUCUACAGUUACGGUCGCGGAGAAGCCACAAACAGACAUCACCGCCUCUACGACAAGUCUCCGACUUCGUUCUCAACCAAGAGCAUGUCUGCCUACUCGUCUGAUAGCUGUUCAGACGAAGCCGAAGACGAUCAGGACUGUCAGUUCUUUCUGCAUCAUCGGAAGCCGGACUUCUCUGUGGGCAAGACCACUAGUUCUGUUAGCAUCACCGACAACGAGUUAUUCGAGGAAAAUGAUGAGGAGUACAAGUACGACCCGACUUGAAACCCGCUGGAUCAAGGCCUACUUUUUAAGUUGCUGUUCAGGAGAUUCCGAGAGAACUUCAUUCCAAGGCAUAGUUGCAGAGUCAACACAGUCGAGAACCUAAUAAUAUCAUCAAUUUUCUCGAAGUUGGCAUCAAUUCCACUCUGAAACAAGAACCUGGAGACUUACUAUUUACACGCAAUGUUGUAUUGCCAGUUUGAUCAUGAGCCUAUCUCUCUUCUAGAUUCACUAACUACAAUCUCCAACCAGAUCAAGGAGCGAUCUCAGUUUGAAGAAUUCCAAUACCUCAAGGAAGAAGUACGCCAAAGUAUGAUUAAAGGAGAGACCAAGAUUAGAUUAUCCCCAAAAUCUAACAAAACCUCUGAAGAGCUCACAGAGAUGCUCAACCACCAUAGAGGGAUCAUUGAAGGAUCGAUAAUCUUUGAUGAAUUCCUGAAAGAAUACUUAACAAUUUUCGAUGCCAAAAAUGAGCUGAUCAAAAUUAUAAAUAUAUAUGAAGAGCAAUACGAAGAAGAUUUAAUACUUGAAGAAGCAAUCCUCAAACUGAACAAGGUCAGGAAAGAAAGUUUUUAAAUUACAAUCCCCAAUUU